GGUUUCCGGCGGGAGCGCGGACUCAAGGGGAGAGCGGAGUUUGCGGCUCGGGUCUUGGAGCUGACUGAGGGCUGCGCUGCCCUCUGGUACCAGCCGGAAUGCCUCACUUGGAAAACACCGUGCUUUGUCGCGAGUCCCAAGUGUCCAUCUUGCAGUCCCUGUUUGGAGAGAGGCAUCAUUUCAGCUUUCCAUCAAUUUUUAUUUAUGGACAUACUGCCAGUGGAAAGACCUAUGUAACACAAACUUUGUUGAGAACUUUAGAGCUCCCACAUGUCUUCGUGAAUUGUGUUGAAUGCUUUUCUUUGAGGCUGCUUUUGGAACAAAUUUUAAACAAAUUGAAUCAUCUCAGUUCUUCAGAGGGUAACUGUUCUACUCAAAUAACCUGUGAAACAUUUAAUGAUUUUGUUCGCUUGUUUAAACAAGUAACCAAAGCUGAAAGUCUCAAGGAUCAGACUGUAUAUAUUGUUCUAGAUAAAGCAGAAUAUCUAAGAGAUAUGGAAGCAAAUCUUUUGCCUGGGUUUCUUAGAUUACAAGAACUGACUGACAGAAAUGUGACUGUUCUGUUUCUCAGUGAAAUUGUUUGGGAAAAGUUUCGUCCAAAUACUGGGUGCUUUGAGCCAUUUGUCUUGUAUUUCCCUGAUUAUAGCAUAGGGAACCUUCAAAAGAUCCUGUCACAUGAUCAUCCUCCAGAGUAUUCAGCUGAUUUCUAUGCUGCUUACAUUAAUAUUCUUCUUGGAGUUUUCUACACUGUCUGCCGAGAUUUGAAAGAGCUCAGACAUCUGGCAGUACUUAAUUUUCCUAAAUAUUGUGAACCUGUGGUUAAAGGAGAAGCAAAUGAACGUGAUACUCGCAAACUCUGGAGAAAUAUUGAACCUCAUUUGAAGAGAGCCAUGCAGACUGUUUAUCUCAGGGAAAUAUCAAGUUCACAGUGGGAAAAGUUACAGAAAGAUGACAUAGAUCCAGCACAACUUAAAGGUCUCUCGGCAUAUACUCACGUGGAGCUUCCCUAUUACUCUAAGUUUAUUCUAAUUGCUGCAUACCUCGCUUCAUACAAUCCAGCAAGAACUGACAAGAGAUUCUUCCUUAAGCAUCAUGGGAAAAUCAAGAAAACCAACUUUCUAAAGAAACACGAAAAGACAAGCAAUCAUCUUCUCGGACCAAAACCAUUUCCACUAGACAGAUUAUUAGCAAUAUUAUAUAGUAUCGUGGACAGUAGAGUUGCUCCAACAGCAAACAUCUUUUCCCAGAUUACCUCUCUAGUGACCCUUCAGCUAUUAACCCUGGUUGGCCAUGAUGAUCAGCUUGAUGGACCAAAGUACAAAUGCACAGUAUCUCUAGAUUUCAUCAGAGCCAUUGCUAGGACGGUGAACUUUGACAUAAUAAAAUACUUGUAUGAUUUCUUGUGAAAAUAAGCUUCAAAGCCAUAUGGACACUGUGACAAUGACUAAGCCAAGCUGUGUUCAUCCAUCUACUUAGCUGGCCAGGGAGAGGAGUUCUUUGGCUCUAUUGGAUUUGUCCAGACAGGUGCUGGCCCAGCAUGGAAUCUGAUGAAAAUACUCUGAUUGGUCUGGGUGGAUGUGAGCAGAAGACUAUUUACCAGGGACCCUGGAGUAUUUGGAAGCAACGUGUUAAUUAUAAACAGCAGGGUUUGAGCACAAUCUGUUCUACUCUUAAUGAUGUUAUCUUAACACUGAAAUUGCCUGAAACCCAUUUACUUAGGACUACAUUCUGCUCUGUGAACUAUCCCCUGCGCUUUGAACGUGCCAGCAGCCCUUGUAUAUAAGCCCAGUCUUUUCACUUCCUCUCCACAGGAGCCUCUGCAGUUGCUUGCCAAAGCAGAUUUUCCUAAGGCCACCGUUUUAAAAGAUCAUAGUUGCAAAAUAUAAUAAAUAGAAGUUGAUUUUUUUUAAAAAAAAUCCAAGCUUGUGUAUGCUUAUUCCUCACCCUGAUUUUCUCACAACCACAAGGUAGUUUGAUCAGAUACAGGCCAGCUUUCCAUCUCUAAGCCUGCUUCGUAUCUGCGGUAUGCUCGCGUGUGCGGUUUUUCUGGUCACUCUGGCGAUUAACCACCCAGCCUAGCUUUUUAAUCUGCCGGAUAGUUUUCUUUUCCUUUUUUAAUCAUUGGCCUUUAAGAGUUCCACAAUAAAAUGUUUUCCUGUUA